GUGCCUUUUUCUUUCCGUGCACAAGGAACAACACAUCUCCGACCACAUCUCAACUUGCACCAAUGGCGGACAAGCAACCGACCGGUGAAAGCAGUGGUCGCGGCCGCGGCGAGGGCCGUGGUGGCGAGGGCCGUGGCCGUGGUGGCGGUCGUGGUGGUGGCCGUGGUGGUGGCCGUGGCCGCGAGGAGCGCAAGGAGUGGAAGCCCGUGACCAAGCUGGGCCGCCUCGUCAAGGAGCGCCGCAUCAAGUCCAUCGAGGAGAUCUACCAGCACUCCCUGUCCAUCAAGGAGCCCGAGAUCAUCGACUUCUUCUUCGGCGACUCUCUGCAGGACGAGGUCCUCAAGAUCACCCCCGUGCAGAAGCAGACCACCGCUGGUCAGCGCACCCGCUUCAAGGCCUUUGUUGCCCUCGGCGACAGCAACGGUCACCUUGGCCUCGGCGUCAAGUGCUCCAAGGAGGUUGCCGGCGCCAUCCGUGGCGCCCUCCUCUGCGCCAAGAUGAGCCUCCUCCCCGUGCGUCGUGGUUAUUGGGGUAACAUGCUUGGUGAUCCCCACACCGUGCCCAUGAAGACCACCGGUGUCUGCGGUAGCGUCACUGUGCGUCUCAUCCCCGCGCCUCGCGGUGCCGGUAUUGUUGCCGCCCCUACCCCCAAGAAGCUGCUCCAGCUCGCCGGUAUCGACGACUGCUACACGGCUUCCCGUGGCCAGACCGCCACCCUCGGCAACUUUGGUACGUCCUUUAAAUGA